CUAUCUAACCUCCCCGCUUGACUUCCAUAAUGUUUUUAACCCGUUCGGAAUAUGACCGUGGUGUGAAUACCUUCUCUCCAGAAGGACGUUUAUUCCAAGUCGAAUAUGCCAUCGAAGCCAUCAAGCUCGGUACCACAGCCAUUGGCAUUCAAACAUCAGAAGGUGUUGUUUUAGCAGUAGAAAAACGUGUCUCGUCCCCGUUAUUGGAAGCAAGUUCUAUCGAAAAGAUUAUGGAAAUUGACGAGCACUUGGGAUGUGCUGUCAGUGGCAUGACUGCUGAUGCACGAACCAUGAUCGAGCAUGCCCGAGUUGCUGCUCAGAAUCAUCGCUUUACAUACGAUGAAAAGUUGAAGGUCGAGAGCGUGACCCAGAGUGUUUGUGAUUUAGCGUUGCGAUUCGGUGAGAGCGCCGAAGGCGAAGAGUCCAUCAUGAGUCGACCAUUUGGUGUGGCGUUACUCAUUGCUGGUGUCGACGAAAAAGGACCACAACUAUUCCAUGCUGAUCCUUCGGGCACAUUUAUGAGCUAUCAAGCCAAAGCUAUCGGAUCAGGCUCCGAAGGCGCACAGACAGAAUUGCAAAAAGAAUAUCACAGAUCCAUGACGUUGCAAGAGGCAGAAACUUUGUCAUUGACGGUCCUUAAAUCUGUGAUGGAAGAAAAGCUGAACAAGGCGAACGUACAAUUGGCUUCCAUUACACCAACAUCAUCAUUCAAAAUUUAUUCGGAAGAGGAGUUGCAAACUGUGAUUGACAGAUUGUAAUAAAAGAGUUUUUUGAUAUUGGGUUCUCUGCGAUGGUCUCUAUACUAAUGUACAGAUCAUAACGAGAGCGAGGUCAAAAGUAAAAAAGCACCGUGGUGGAAAUUUUUAACGAGGAACUUGUUGUGAAAAACGUUCGUUUCCAAUGGCUGCAGGAUGAUGGUACGAUCCGGGCAUAUCGCUGCGAACGUGAGCAGAAGUCUUUGUAUAAACCGCGUGGUCGCUUUUUCGAUUACCAUCCGAUGCCACAGUAGCAUUUCUAGUGACGAUAUUGAUUUGAG